AUCCUUCUAUUACAUAUCUGGCAGAAAGCCUUGGCUGAAGCAAAUAAUGCAAAGUUGGCGGGCAAUAAACUGUUUGGAGAAGGGAAAUAUGAGGAAGCAAUAAUGGAGUAUGAUCGUGCUUUGAACAUUGCUCCGGACAUGCCCUCUGCAGCGGAGUUACAGUCCAUAUGCCAUGCAAACCGUGGCGUGUGUUUUCUGAAACUAGAAAAAUAUGAUGAGACGAUCAAAGCAUGCUCAAAGGCAAUUGAAAUCAAUCCUGCAUAUGUCAAAGCUUUGUCUAGAAGAGGAGAGGCUCACGAGAAGCUUGAACACUUUGAGGAGGCCAUUCAUGAUAUGAAAAAGAUAUUGGAAUUGGACUCGUCAAAUGACCAAGCUAAGAAGGCCAUCCGUCGCCUUGAACCAUUAGCCGAACAAAAACGAGAAAAGAUGAAAGAAGAGAUGAUUGGAAAGUUAAAAGACAUGGGCAAUUCUUUGUUGGGUCGUUUUGGCAUGAGCGUGGACAACUUCAAGGCUGUCAAAGACCCAAAUACUGGUUCCUAUUCGAUUUCAUUCCAACAAUAGCUUGGCUUUACCCGAUUUGUAUUUACGACGACGAUGGUAAGAGAAUAGUAUACGGAAAAAGAAUAAAAAUCGAUACCCGUUUGUACCGGGCGUUGUUCAUUCCAGGAUUUAAUGAAUAUAAUUGAUGGUAGUGUUAAAAUUUGGGGGUAUAGUUUACUUGAUCUUUCAGAUGGCAAAUUGCUGCUGUGUUUCCCCUGCAUGCUGCUUUAUUUGUUGGUUGUACCUUAUGAUUGUAGACUUUGCUGAUUUGUUUAGUUCAAGGGUGAUUUGUGAGUUUCAGUGAA